UAAAUUUUGAAUCACACUUUGCACUUUCUGUUUUAUGGCUGUUUAUAGCAUUUAACUUUUAUUUUCUGUCAAAUUUACAUCGAUAUUUUUUUGUAUUAUUCAGUUUGUUCAUAUAUUAUUAGUACUCCAUACACAUAAUUGUAAUUAUUUUGUGUACUUUUCUGUUAUAGUGACAAUGGCAGAAAGAAAGAUCACUUUCAUUAGAGACUUGGACAAUAUGAAAGAUGAUUACACACUAAAAGUGUCUAUCAUCCGGCUGUGGAAAUCGCUUUCAGAUGACAACCCCACUAUUGUCAGAUCAAUUGAGAUGAUACUCAUGGAUGAAAUGGUCGGCCAAUAUAUCAUUGUCGGGACCAUUUAUGGUAUUCGCCAAGAUAUUGAUUGGUAUUAUGAUGCGUGUACAAACUGUGGAAAGAAAGUUCAAACCGAAGAUUUGUUCAGUGGUGCAGAUAGUGGUGAUGCAAGUGUCGUUUUAAAAUGCAAUGGUGAUAAUUGUAAAAAUAAGACGAUCUCUUCUGUUCCAAGGUAUAAAAUACCUAUUCGUGUGCAAGAUGAUUCUGGAACAAUCACUCUAACUCUCUUCGAUAGAGAUGCUUAUAGAAUCGUCAAAAAACGCGCACGUGAUCUUAUAGAUAAAAUCAAACAGGUAUAA